AUGCCGUAUGCAAUAGCCUUAGUAGCUAACGUAUUUCAAAAUAUGAUUGACUACACUAAAUCUAGUAAGGAUCACAUUUCUAAUAAGAUGUUCUUAAAAGCUAUGCAUGACUUUGGACUAGAGUAUACUUGUGUUGGGCUUGUACUAUUUACGGGUGGAUAUUUGGGUACGGCUCUUAUGAAUGUUGCAGCAAUAAAUCAGAUAUUUAGAAUAAGAAUUUCAUAUUUGAAAGCUGUACUAAACCAGGAUUUCGCAUAUUACGACUUGCAUCAAACUGGUGACUUUGCUUCGAAAAUGGCUGAGGAUAUGAUAAAGUUAGAGGAAGGUAUAGGUGACAAAGUAUCGUCUCUAGUGUACGACACUGCAGUGGCACUAAGCUGUACACUGAUGGCUUUAAUCAGAGGUUGGAAAUUAGCGUUGCUUUGUCUUUCUACCGCACCGAUUACUUUCGUGCUUGUGGGACUGACUGGCAAGAUAUCAGAUAGCUUAUAUAAGAAGCAGGCACAAGCAAAAGGCAAAGCUAGCGCCAUCGCUGAAGAAGCUCUAAGUUCAAUUAAAACUGUUUACGCAUUCAAUGGACAACAGAAAGAAAUCGAACGUUACAAGAUACCUCUAGCAGAUGCCAGAAGAAUUCACAUACAGAAAGAAUUUUACACCGGUAUGUCAAUGGGGUUUCUGUAUCUGUGUAUCUUCAGCUCUUACGCUUUGGCCUUUUAUUUGGGUAUAUAUCUUGUAAUCAACGAGCCUCAGAGAUACAAUGCUGAUGUUAUGUUUUCUGUAUUUUUUGGAGUGAUGACGGCACUGUCAUAUUUUGGUAUGAUAGGUAAUCUAAUGACCUCAUUGGGAUCGGCUCGAGGCGCUGGUGCUUCCAUAUUUCACGUAUUGCACAAUAUACCGACCAUUAACACUUUACAAGAACGCGGAAUCAAACCGGACUCAAUGGAAGGCAAUAUAGAGUUUAAGAAUGUAUCUUUCGAAUAUCCAUCUCGACCUGGAAUUACUGUUUUGAAUGGUGUGAACAUCAAUAUAUCAAGUGGUCAGUCUGCGGCCCUGGUAGGAAAAUCUGGCUGUGGCAAGUCCACCGUCGUUGCACUCCUAUCAAGAUACUAUGAUGUUGGUGGCGGUAGUGUAAGGAUAGACGGUAAUGAUGUCCGUGAUUUAUCUGUGCGGUGGUUACGCAGUCAGAUCGGACUGGUUAACCAAGAGCCGGUACUCUUUAAUACAAGCAUACGUGAAAAUAUUCGCUACGGCCGCGAAACAUCUUCCGAUGCUGAUAUAAUGAAAGCUGCACAACAGGCUAAUGCACACGACUUCAUCAUGAUGUUUCCAGCUGGUUAUGACACUUUAGUAGGAGAUCGUGGUACAUCACUAUCAGGAGGGCAGAAGCAAAGAAUAGCUAUUGCACGCGCCCUUGUGAGAAAUCCUCGCAUCCUUUUACUAGAUGAAGCCACUAGUGCUCUCGAUACGCUUUCGGAAUCUAAAGUACAAGAUGCGUUACAUGAGGCAGCGAAAGGUCGAACGACUAUAAUAGUAGCACAUCGUUUAUCAACUAUACGAAAGGUUGAUGUUAUUUACAUGAUGAAAGAGGGACAGGUGGUAGAGUUGGGAAAUCACGAAGAAUUGAUGAAUCAAAAGGGCCUUUACCAUAGAAUGUUUAGUACAUCUGAAUUUGUCGAUAUAAACAAACCAGAAAUGCCAAAUGACGUCAAUAACGCUCAUGAGCCAAUCCGAAAACUGACAGAAAUAUCAAAAAAUUCGGUGGAGGUUAUCGAAGAUAUCAAAGAAAAAAAUGAAAAAACGUCUCUAUCUUUUUGGCAAGUGGUAGCGCUUAAUGCGCCUGAGUGGAAGACUGUCGUUUUGGGCAGUUUGUGUUCAAUGAUAGGCGGUUUUGCUAUGCCAUUAUUUAUAGUCGCCUUCGGUGAUUUGUUUGGGUCUAUGGCUAAUCCGGACCCCGAACACUUGAUAAAUAAAGUGAAAAUUAUUUCAUUUGUUUGUAUUUGUAUCGGUUGCGCAGCAGGACUGUCUAAUUUAAUCGAAACAUACUCCUUUGGCAGAGCUGGUGCGUAUCUGACCGAAAGACUACGCUUGUUGAUGUUCACUCACUUGCUGCGCCAAGACGUUGCUUAUUUCGAUGAUCGCGCCAACUCUACGGGAGCGCUCUGCGCCCGUCUCUCUGCUGAAGCUGCAUUUGUCCAAGGCGCCACAGGUCAACGAAUUGGUAUAAUAUUGCAAGGUGUGGGCUCUGUUGGUCUGGCGUUGGUCAUAGCCCUUUGGUUCCAGUGGCGCGUCGCUCUAGUGGCGUUAUCGUUUCUCCCGAUCAUUGUCUUUGUCAUCUGGCAGCAAGGCGUAGCCACUGAUAAGGAAUCCUCAGGAUACGCAAAGAGUCUUGAAAACAGUACUAAGAUCGCUGUGGAGGCGGUGUCGAACAUCCGCACCGUCGCCGGGCUGGGUCGCGAGCGAGCCGUGGCGCGCCAGUGCGGUAGGCGACUGUCCGCCGCACUGGCGCCUGCGCGGCGCGCUGCGCACUGGCGCGGCGUCGUCGGCGGCCUCUCGCGGUCCAUAUUCAAUUUUGUAAACGCUACUGCGCUCACUUACGGCGGUCAGCUAAUCGUAAAUGAUGGAAUUGCAUACCAGAACAUACUAAUUGCUACCCAAGCAUUGCAAAUGGCAUCGUCUCAGGUUCAGAAUGCAUUUGCAUAUGCGCCCGAUUUCCAGAAGGGUACAAAAGCAGCUGCAAGAAUCUUAGAACUCCUAAACACCAAGCCUCUUAUUACAAAUCCUGACGAACCCGUAGAUAAAGCUAGUGGUGAUGCUAGCUUCAGAAGAGUUCAUUUCAAAUAUCCUAACAGGCCAAAUGUUGCUGUUCUACGCGGCUUAGAUUUAGAGAUAAAUCGCUGUAAAACCAUUGCGAUUGUUGGUCAAAGCGGCUGCGGGAAAAGUACAGUAAUUCAACUGUUACAGAGAUAUUACGAUCCCGGCGAUGGUACCGUCAUUUUAGAUGAUGUAUCUCUUAAUAAACUGCGCCUCAGCGAUGUACGUGCUAGUUUCGGAUUAGUAGCCCAAGAACCUGUGCUCUUUGACCGCAGCAUUAGCGAGAACAUCGCCUAUGGUGACAAUUCGAGGGUAGUGUCAGAAGAAGAUGUGAUCGAAGCGGCAAAACAGGCGCACAUUCACAAUUUCAUCGUUUCAUUGCCACGGGGUUAUGAGACUGAAAUAGGUAUGAGAGGUGUACAGUUAUCCGGGGGUCAGAAGCAAAGAGUAGCAAUAGCAAGGGCUCUCGUACGACAUCCCUGCAUACUCCUACUCGAUGAAGCGACAAGUGCUCUUGACAAUGAAAGCCAAAAGUUGGUUCAAGCAGCGCUGGACGAAGCAGCAGUCGAUCGCACUUGUGUGCUUAUUGCACAUCGCCUGACCGCAGUGCGAGACGCCCACGCAAUAUGUGUGCUCCGCGAAGGGCGCGUUGUAGAGUACGGCACGCAUGAACAGCUCAUUCGACUCAGAGGACUAUACUCUAACCUCCUCAUAAAGGGACUCUAA